AUGUUGGGAAAAAUCGCCCUCGAAGAAGCCUUUGCGCUGCCCCGAUUCCAGGAAAAGACUCGUUGGUGGGCGGGCCUGUUCGCGACUGAUGUCGACAAGCAUGUCGCCGAGAUCAACGAUGUCGAUUCUAUUCGGUUGAACUUUGCCGAGAAGCACGGUGUCGGAUUGCAGAUUCUUUCUUAUACCGCGCCCGGUGUACAGGAUAUUUGGGAUCCGGUCGAUGCGCAGAGCCUCGCUGUUGAAAUCAAUGAUUAUAUCGCCGAGAAGGUGAAGGCGCAUCCGGAUCGAUUUGCGGCUUUUGCCACUCUAUCCAUGCACGACCCCCAAGAAGCCGCUGCCGAACUCCGCCGCUGCGUGACGCAGUACGGCUUCCUGGGCGCCCUAGUCAACGACACACAAAGAGCCGGCCCAGACGGCGACAAGAUGAUCUUCUAUGACAACUCCAAAUGGGACAUUUUCUGGUCCACCUGUACAGAGCUCGACGUGCCCCUGUACCUACACCCGCGCAACCCCACAGGCACAAUCUACGAAAAGCUCUGGGCAGACCGGAAAUGGCUCGUCGGCCCGCCGCUCUCCUUCGCCCACGGCGUCUCCCUGCACACGCUCGGCAUGGUCACGAACGGCGUCUUCGACCGCCACCCAAAGCUGCAGGUCAUCCUGGGCCAUCUGGGCGAGCACAUCCCCUUCGACAUGUGGCGGAUUAACCACUGGUUCGAGGAUCGGAAGAAGAUGCUUGGACUGCAGGAGACGUGUAAGAAGACGAUUCGGGAGUAUUUUGCGCAGAAUAUUUGGAUUACGACUUCGGGCCAUUUCUCGACGACGACGCUUAACUUUUGUUUGGCGGAGGUUGGGGCCGAUCGGAUUUUGUUUAGUAUUGAUUAUCCGUUUGAGACGUUUGAGGAUGCUUGUGAUUGGUUUGAUGGGAUGGCGAUUAAUGAGAGUGACCGGCUGAAGAUUGGGAGGGAGAAUGCGAAGAAGUUGUUUAAGUUGGGGGAGUAUAAGGAUUGUAAUGCUUAG